AUGACUACUUGUUGCUGCAUUAUCCCAGAAUAUUUACUCAACACCAUUGUUGAAAAAGGGACGGCACCACAACACGUUGUCCAUGGUUGCCAGUCUACCCUCGAAAAGACAAAGCUCUUUCAAAGCUCCCGUGUCGAGGCCAUUGCAUCAACACAGCGGCAGCCGCCUUCUGAAGGUAUUAUUCCACCUUAUAUCCACGAAACAAUUGCUCGGACUGCUGCAACAACAGAAGAACGGGAGGCAGCCCUAUCCACACUUACACAUGGUGCUAAGCAUCGUACAGUUGCAAGACCUACUCGCCAAUUGAAUCGUACGGUCUACGAUUCGCAGCAUUCCUGGGAUGAUCCUCCUCCCCGUGGCAAGAUCGCGAUUAAGGAAGGCGGAGCCCUGAUUAGUGAAGCGGAAGAUCCAAGCAAGGAUGCAAAUGAGUGCUAUAUUGGACUUAAAAAGACUUAUGAUUUCUUCUUUGAGUUCUUCCAGCGAAAUUCUAUCAAUAGCAGGGGCAUGCCACUCGACAGCUUUGUGCACUUCGGGGUGCAUUUUAAGAAUGCAUUUUGGAACGGCAGAGAGCUUGUGUUUGGUGAUGGGGACGGUAUAAUCUUCAAUGGCUUCACCGAUGAGCUUGAUGUCAUGGCUCAUGAGUAUACACAUGGUGUGGUGCAAUACACGAGUCCGCUUGACUAUACUUUCCAGAGCGGUUCUCUUAAUGAGUCACUUGCCGAUGUCUUUGGCAUAAUGGUCAAGCAAUACGCUGAAAAUCCCGACAAUCCUCAGACUGUUGACCAAUCCAACUGGCUGAUUGGGGAAGGAAUCUGGGCAGCAGGAGUUAACGGCAGAGCUCUUCGCGAUAUGAAGAACCCUGGAACAGCAUAUGAUGAUGACCGUAUUGGAAAAGACGAUCAGCCAGCUCAUUGGAAAGACUUCAAGAAGCUUGACAUCUCUCAGGAUAGUGGUGGUGUCCAUAUUAACUCUGGUAUCCCUAACCGUGCCUUUCAACUUGCUGCUACUAAGAUUGGAGGAUAUGCUUGGGAAGGUGCUGGUCCUAUUUGGUACAAGGCUCUUGCAAGUGGUAAACUUGGCAGAAACGCCACAUUCAAGGAGUUUGCUGAUCUCACCAUCGAGAAUGCUGGUAAGCAUGGGGAUGAGAUCAAGGAAGCUUGGCAAUUGGUUGGCUACCCGUUUCCCGAUAGCAGGUCAGAGCUGUAA